AGUGUCAGUUCCUCUUACAGAGAAUACACUUCAACUGGACAAGGAAGUGAUAUCAUCAAGUAAUAUCAUCCACUCUGGUGGAAGUACAUCAGGUUUCAUUGCCAAGAAAAAACCACAGCGGAGGAGAUCUUAUACAUCUCUUUUGAUGGCUAGAUCAAAGUUCCUCGGUGAAAAUGGUGAAGUCUUAAAGCUGGAAAAAUUACCAAGCAUAGACGAUUCCAGCAAUCAACUUGAAGUUGCUGAAUAUGUUGAUGAUAUAUACGAAUAUUAUUGGAAUACUGAGGCAUAUGGUGCAGGUUUGGCAAAUUACAUGUCAAUUCAAACAGACAUUACACAAAUGAGAGCCAUAUUGAUAAAUUGGCUCAUUGAGGUACACUUCAAAUUUGAUUUAAUGCAUGAGACACUUUAUCUCAUGGUGACACUGCUAGACCGGUAUCUAUCUCAAGUAUCAAUCCAUAAGAAAGAGAUGCAGUUGGUUGGUCUCACUGCACUUUUGCUGUCAUCUAAAUAUGAAGACUUUUGGCAUCCUAGGAUAAAAGACCUCAUCAGCAUCUCAGCAGAGUCCUACACAAGAGAGCAAAUGCUAGGGAUGGAAAAAUCAAUCUUAAAGCAGCUGAAAUUUCGUCUGAAUUUGCCUACUCCUUAUGUUUUCAUGCUGAGGUUUCUCAAAGCUGCUCAUUCAGACAAAAAGCUUGAACACCUAGCAUUUUAUCUUAUCGAGCUUUGCUUGGUGGAAUACAAGGCGUUGGAGUUCAAGCCUUCACUGCUAUGUGCAUCGGCUUUAUACGUUGCAAGGUGUACGCUACAGAUGUCUCCAGCUUGGACAACGCUGCUCAUCAGACAUGCACGCUAUGAAGUGUCCCAAAUCAGAGUAUGUGCAGAGAUGAUACUGAGAUUUCAUAAGGCUGCUAGACUGGGGCAGUUGAAGGUCACGUAUGAGAAGUAUAUGGGGUCAGACCUUGGUUGUGUUGCAGCGAUAAAACCAUUGGAUGAGCUUCCUUUUUAAUUUGGCUCAUGUUGAUUCUGUACAGCUAAGAAAGCUGACGUGUUAGGUAAGUUUACUCUAUUUGGAGAUUGAAAUUCGCAUUGUCCAUCUGUUCAUUCUAAUAUUCGGGUACUUUCUGUUGCAUGACAAGCUAUUCUGCAUUGCUGUACAUCUUGUAAUAGUUGUGACUUGCUUUGAUUUUGUGACAGCAAUGCAGAUUAGCCUGUCAAGUAACAGAAAACUUACCUAGCACGUCAGCUUUCUUAGCUGUAUAGAAUUUUAAGUGUUGUCGUAUCGUGUCGUGUUGAGUCGCGUGUCGCGUGUCGGUGCUACCUAGAUAGUAAAUACUGGCUUUUGUUCUGCGGUUGCUGCCACCACUGUCAUUAAUGCAGUUCAAUGGUUUCCUUUUUUUUUUUUUUUGCCACUGCUGCCACUGCUAGGACUGUUUGUUGAUUUGAGUGUACAUAUUCGUGUAACAUGCUCAACAUUCGGACUGCCUCAACAUUUGAUGGUAAUGGCGGAAACACUUUGGUUUUUACAUAUUAGACAAUGUAUUGAUUCUCAGGCUAACUUCUUGUUGGAGAUUGAUCUUGCCUUUCAUCCUUUCGCAACACUUUUGAAUUUCACUAUAGACAUGGAGUCCUUAUCUAAUA